UUUCUCCCUUCACUCAUCUCUCAAACCAUGAGCACAAUCCACCAAACACACGAGAGUGAUGGAGAGAAAGAGUUCAGUUUCUGGGGCUCAUCAAACACCAUACCUUCUGAAAAUAAUUGUGAUCAACCACAAGGCAAUGAAUCAAGGCUCAAUAAGGAAGCAUACUCUGGAGAAACACACCAAAGAAAAAGUCUUAAAUAUGAGUAUUCACGUUUUUGUUCAACAGUCUCAGACCCUUCAAGGAGCGAAGCUAUUUUAGAAGGACAAAGGGAGCUUAUGGAGAUGAUGCAAGACAUGCCUGAGUUUGGCUAUGAACUGUCUUUCCAAGAUAUGGUGGUUCAUGAGAAGCAGGCGCUGGAACCAGAACAACAACCACACCAAAAUGAAACUUCGCUUGAGAACACUCUCAUGCAAAGUAGUGGCCAUAAAGCUCAACUCAAAAGGGUAAGCAAAAAGAAGAAAAACAAAGGCAAUAGUAGACCUGGUCAGAUAUUGCGGGUUGAAAGCAUGGACAGUGAAACCUUCCUCCUCAAGUUGUUCUUUCCAAUUUCUCUUGAUUGGAUGAAGAAGGAUAGAGCAAAGAAUGGCUCCAAGGUUUCUUCAAGACCAUCAUUGCAGGAAUCUAUAAAACAAGUGGGUAAAGAAUGGAGAAUUAAAAGGCUUUUCCUUUCAGGAGAUAACAGAGAAGAUGGCAUAUGUCAAAAAAAUGGUGGCCGCAGCAUUAGUGACAUAAACGAGUAUGAUCUCAGUUUGUCACUCUCACAUGGUUGCUGGCCAUUCCAUCCUUAUGCAAAAACCAAAACAAAGAAUCUGGGAGGAUAACUUACUAAUAAUAUGAAUAGCUCUGUUCCUUUGGAAGCUUGGGGUGCCAUGGAAAUUCACAACAGUAAAAAAAAGUGAAAUAAAGAAUUCAAGGGUAUGAAGAAUCCCGGAGGGAGACACCAUAGCUUGUUUUUUAAUUCUUGGGUUUAGAUAGUAGUAAUGCAUUCAUUUGCAUAUUUGAUCAUUAAAAUUUCUUUUCUCGUCUUAUGGGAAAGAUUUGGGCAUGUAGAUUAAGCCCCAGGAAUCAACCUUUGCUUCUUUCACUGUGUCAGUUAAAUAUUUGUUACCUUACACGCUCAUUGUUCUCUGGUCUCAUCAUAGAAAAAUGUAAGAUCACAAGGCAUACUUUUGGAAUGCCACAGCACAUAACACAUGUAGAGAGUUUUGUAGUCUAGUCUGUUCGUGGAAACUUCAACUAUAUAUGAGUCGGUGUGUUUUGAAACUUUUGUCUUGUUCUGGCUGACUAUAUUGUAUGUUCUUUUCUUUUUCUUUUUCACAAAUAUUCUUUGUUCAGAGGCAUAUAUGGACCCUCAACCCUCAAGACAUUAAAUGUGUACAUCUAUCUUAAGGAGAAUUCAUACCUGAGUUCAUCAUGAUUCA